AUGUCUCAGAAACCCGUCGGUAACACUAAAGAUGGUCGCAAGAGGGUUCUCAUCGUCGGCGCAGGCGCUGGCGGGAUGGCCACAGCCCAUCACCUCUCCCAACAUCCUGAGAAAUACGACGUCACCUUGAUCGACGCCGUCGACUAUUGCGGCGGACAAGCCUUCUCAUGCCCCCUCGACAAGGAUCGUCACGGAGCAAGCUGGUUCAAUCAGGGCGUCCAGGGCGGCAGCUUCAUCUUCCACCACACGCUCACCAUGUUUGCCCGCCAAGGCUACCAUGCCGACCUUGUCAACCUGCAAGUAUCCUUCGGCAAGGGCGAAACGUUCUGGACCAACGUCUUUCCCACGGAACUGAUCAAGAAGCACCAGAGCGAAGUCCGCCGACUCCACUUUGCCAUCCGAUUCAUGCGCUGGUUCGAGAUCUUCUUCGCCCUGAUCCCCAUGAGGAUCUUUUUCAAGCUAUGGUUCUUCUCCGAGGAAUUCACCAACACUGUCGCCCUGCCCAUGGUUGCCCUGUUCUUAGGGACCGGCAAUGAAGCACCGAAUGUCCCCUCCAUCAUGCUUGAACGCCUCAUAACCUCGCCCACCUACGGCAUGUGGUACCCGUACGACAAACUCAGCAUCGCCUCCAACCUGCCUCCCAUGGUCGUCUUCCCCAACUUUAGCGACUUCUACACCACGUGGCAAAAAGACCUGGAAUCGCGGGGCGUGACGGUCCGCCUGUCUACGGAGCUCGUCAGCGUCCUCCACCGCUCCAAGUCGCGCGGCGUGAUUGUCUGUCUCAAGCACCGCACGCCCGAACCGGACCACCACAACGCGCAAUUCGGCGACCCCAACGCCCCAACAUUCGAGGAACACUACGACGAGCUCGUCCUCUGCUGCCUCGCCGACACGGCGAAACGCGUGCUCAGCAAGACGUCCUCGUGGCGCGAGCGAAAGGUGCUCGGCUCGGCCAAAUUCUCCGACGACAUCACCAUCACGCACACCGACGCGGACUACAUGAAGAAGCACUACGAGAACUUCUACUCGGCCGCCACGCCCGGCGUAACAUCCCUGACGGGCAAGGACGACCAGUCCUCGCGCAUCGAGUACGCCAAACAGAACUUCCGCCCCAUGUACUACAUCAAGAUGUACCCGCAGGACAUUAGUAAAUUGGAAAUGUGCUUCGACACGACAAACUACCAGUGCCAAUUUCCCGAGAACGUGCCCUUUGAAAGCCACGUCUUCCAGACGAUCUUCCUGAACAAGAAGCGCGACGGCCACUUGUGGAGCGACGGCGAGAUCGACGAGACUAAAAUCAUCCGCAAGGACUGGUGGCACCAGCUCUGCCACAGCUGGACGCACUACGUGCUCGUCGUGCCCUGGAUGAUGUUCCUGCAGGGCCGCAACCGCGUGCGCUACGCGAGUUCGUGGACGCUCGUCAACGCGCACGAGGUCGCCAUCAUGGCGGGCAUUGCGGCGGCAGUGGAUCUGGGUGCCGAUUACCCGGAGGAUCUGGAGCACGACAAGUUCGCGUUUCUCGCCUUCAGGCUGUACUACCUGCUCGUGUACGGGAAGUGGUACCGCCGCAAGUUUAGCGCCAAGGGGAGGCUGGAGACGGAGAAGGCCAGGGAGGGCAAGAGCUGGGCGUCGGGGCCGUAUGGGAGUGUGUACAAGGGGCCUGGGGUGGCCGGGCAGGAGAGACAGACUUGGCGCGAGGAGAUGAAGAAUGGGAAGAGCACGGGUAGUAUGGCGAGCGGCAACGCAGAAGGGAGGAGUCAGCCUUGA